AUGGGAGCUCGUAGUAAUGACGAAGAAGAAGCAGCACCAGCCGCAGCUGCUACUGGGAUUCAAAUCAAUACUCGCAGCGCAAGUCCAUCAAGCAACGGGAAUGCUAUAUUGGAACCAUUACUAGAAGCAGAGACUCCCUCAAAGGAAAUUGAAUUGUUUGGCUAUCCAAUCUCCGUAAUACGCACUUUUGCUUAUAUGGCCCUGAAUGUCGCUUCCUCCAUUGGCAUCGUCAUGACCAAUAAGUGGGUCUUUGAAGUUUACAACUUCAGAUUUGGCACAUUCUUGACGAUAAUCCACUUUGUCAUAACGUUCUUGGGUCUGGAAGGAUGUGCUAGAAAUGGUGUAUUCGAGAAAAAGAAAAUCCCCCUAUCUGCUAUGGCAAAGGUGCUUACAACUCCAUGUAUCGUCGUCAUUCAGACGUUUUACUAUAAUAUGACCUUCAGCACUCCCGUCAAGCUGGCCUUGACUGUAACUUGUAUCGGUGUCAUUAUAUCUAGUGCCACUGACGUCCAGCUCAAUGUAACCGGCACCUUCUUUGCUUUGACUGGCGUCCUCGUAACCAGCUUGUAUCAAAUAUGGGUGGGCACUAAACAAAAGGACUUGGGCGUCAACUCCAUGCAGCUUUUGUAUUAUCAAGCUCCAUUGUCCGCUAUAUUGCUAGUCCCUGUCGUCCCCAUACUCGAUGACGUAGGAGCACUCUUUGCAUACGAAUGGUCAGUAGGGGCCAUCGUGAGCAUCAUGAUCUCGGCCAUCUUUGCCUUUUUCGUGAAUAUAUCCAUAUUUUUAGUGAUUGGAAAAACAUCUGCCGUCACUUAUAAUGUGCUAGGACACUUUAAGCUGUGUCUCAUUCUCCUGCUCGGAUUCAUCAUAUUUAGCUACCCCGUCAAUCUGAUGAACUUGUUAGGGAUUGUCGUUACGUUAGCUGGGGUCUUCUGGUACUCUGACAUCCAGUUGAGAGCAAAGAGAUGA